GCUUGCACUUGAUCGCGCGCCCGCCGUGUCAAAUUCACACACUCCAUCCGUCAGUUUGAACACGCAUAAGGAACCCAGCACUUCUGUAGAUUCAGCAUUCACCUCUUUCUUUGUUGAGGAGACGUUUUCAAUUUUAAUCCUGUCAGAUCGAUAAAAGAGUUCACAAUGUCUGUUGCCAGCGUAUUGGCUGUAUUCGGUGGCGCCUAUAAUCAAAUGUUUGCCCUCGCCUCCGUGCUCGUCGUGGUAUCUCUGUCGGCGGAUCUUGCGUCAGCUUCGCAUUCACAGAUAGCGUUGUCGUGUCCGUCGAACAGCACGUCGUCCUGCUGCAUUCGCCCGUGCCACGACACCUGCCAGGGUACGGGCACGACGUUCUGCUCGCGUCGCUGCGUGCCCGGGUGCGAGUGUGACACUGGCUACGUACGUCAUGGCACUAAGUGUGUGCGCAAGAGAAAGUGCUCCCGGAUUGUUUUGCCAUUAGCUGACUCACCAGAAGCCACUGAACUGAGACAAAUCAGCGAGGGGCCUAUCGGGUGUCCGGCGAACUUCACCGCCACGUGUUCACCUCAGACCUGCCACUUCACGUGCACUAAUCACACGCUGCUACGCCUGGGAACGCUGUACUGUCCGCCCGGUGCCACCCUGGAGCAGCCCGUCUGCAUCUGCCAGAACGGCUAUGUUCGCAAGGGGCGCAGCUGCGUCCUGCCCAAGGAUUGUCCGCCCAUUCCCAGGUCACGAGGCGAUCAGCUGGGCCCGCCGACCCGGGGGCCGUAUGACCCACGGUUUGUGACAAGUAGGAACCCCGUAGUCUACACACCACCGGAUCUGGAAAAGCCCACCUUGUUUCCCGUGGAUAGGGCCACAAUAGCACCGGAGGAGAGAAUCACCGGAUGGCCAAAGACAACGCCAGCACCCCCGCCGGUGCAGGGCAGCAGCAUGAGCACAGUUGCACCGCGGAACGAAACCACGCCAGGAGUACAGCUAACGCAGGAGACGCCCGACACAUCGUACAGCUCUGCACCCCGCACACAGCAGCACACCAGCGAGCUGAUACUAACAGCAGUGCUCGCGGUGACCGGCACUCUUGCCAUACUCGGCUCAUGACCCUGAGUUGUAAUUUAUUGACUUUAUUGACUGGAUGAUUGCGAAAACAACAAAUUUGCUUAUACUUCACAGCACAUGAUGACUGCCAUGUGCUGGUACAGUGUUGUCUGAUCUAAUCCUAGUGUUCCUGUGGUGAAUUCUAGCUUUUACAUCGUAACAAUUAGACACAACAAUAUCGCCUCCUCUUCUUGAUGCGCUCCCAGCACGUAGCUCCUUCGUCGUUUGGAAUUGUUCGUGUGUGUAAUGGCUACCAAGGGUGGCCAUGUGUCGGCUGAGAGCGCGUGGGGGAGCAGUGGAAGAGAUAGUGUUGCAGUAUUGAACAACCGAAUGGCACCCUUCACAAUGUUACAGAUAAUUAGACACACAUAAUAAUUGACUGGUAAUAUAUGGGAAGUUUAUACUUUCAUGGCAUAAUAAUCCCCUUCACCAUGAGGUUUAUCCUUAUUCCCAAGCCUUUUGUACAUAAGCGGUUCACCGUGAACAUGUCCAUAAUACAGGUAAUGACUGUAGUGUCAAAGACCUUUAUUGAAAAAUCUAUGAUAACAUGAUAGUAUUAUUAUGAUAUAGACACACAUAAUUAUAGGGUCCGUUGGAAAUCAAUUUCACGUGGAAGUGUCUCCACUCGAGUA